GGAUGUAUCCCGCUCCUGCACGCAGGCGCAGUGACACUCCUUCUGUCAAACAUGGCUGUGCCUUGGAAGAAGGGAAAAUGCUGAAUUGUGUUGGUAUAUCUCGGGAAACGCAGCAGACAUGGCUAGAUUGGCUGACUAUUUCAUUGUCGUGGGAUACGAUCACGAGAAAGCCGGUUCAGGAGAAGGAUGUGGGAAGAUCAUUCAGCGAUUCCCCAAGAAGGACUGGGAGGGAACAGCCUUUCCUCAGGGGGUGGAGAUGUUCUGCCAGCCUGGAGGUUGGAGGCUGUCCAGGGAUCGGAAAGCACCCACCUUCUUCACAGUUGUGCUGACGGACAUCGAGUCAGAUCGACACUUCUGCUCCUGCCUCACUUUCUACGAGGCCGAGGUCAACCUGCAGGGAUCAAAGAGUAUCGAGGCUGACGAAGAUGAAGAUGAGGAGGCAGAAGAGGAUGGACUGAUCCAGCCAGCUCAAGUGUUUGCACCAAAGAGUCUCAUUCUCGUGACCAGGCUGGAUUAUCCCGAAAUAUUCCGGGGCUGCUUGGGUCUGAUCUACACCGUCCACAUCGAUAGCCUGAACUUCCCAUUAGAGGGUCUGGUUGCCAACCUCUUCACAUUCCAGGUUCCCGUUGCUGGUGGAUCCCAGAAGCUGUUCAGCCUGGGAGCAGGAGACCGGCAGCUCAUCCAGACGCCUCUGAACGACACGCUGCCCGUCACAUGCAAGAGUGUUGCUCUGCUCUUCCAGCAGCUGGGAAUCCAAAAUGUUCUAUCCCUGUGUUGUGCGGUUCUGUCAGAACACAAGGUUUUGUUCCACUCCACCAGUUACCAGAGGCUCGGCGAGGCGUCCCGCGCCCUGGAGGCACUCAUGUUUCCCCUCAAGUACAGUUACCCGUACAUCCCUAUUCUUCCAUCGCGGCUGCUGGAGGUCCUGAGCUCGCCCACUCCCUUCAUCAUCGGCGUGCACUCCAUGUUUCAGACUGAAAUCCAAGAUCUGUUGGACGUUAUUAUUGCUGACCUGGAUGGAGGAACAAUAAAGAUUCCUGAGUGCAUCCACUUGUCCCUGCUUCCUGAACCUCUGCUGCACCAAACACAAACUUCCCUUUCUCUGGUUUUGCAUCCUGAUCUGGAGAUAGCAGACAAUGCGUACCCUCCCCCUCGCACUGCACCCUCAAACCUCAAGUUGUUGGAUAAGGAGGUGAGGGCCGUGUUUCUCAGGCUGUUUGCACAACUCUUCCAGGGCUACAGGUCUUGCCUGCAGCUCAUCCGCAUCCACUCUGAGCCUGUUAUUCAUUUUCACAAGACUGCCUUCCUGGGCCAGCGAGGCCUCAUUGAGAACGAUUUCCUGACCAAGGUUCUGGAUGGCAUGGCCUUCGCUGGCUUCGUCUCGGAGAGAGGUCCCCCUUACAGAGCCUGUGAUCUCUUUGAUGAGCUGGUGGCCUUAGACACUGACAGCUUUAAGGAAGAAGAGGUCGGCCCUAACAAGAUGCAGAAGCACAUCAGGGAACUGUCAGAGCAGCUGUACAGAAACGAGAACCCGAACCCCCACAUGGCAUUCCAGAAAGUGCCUCGGCCCUCAGAGGGAUCCCACCUCCGCGUGCACCAGGUGCCCUUCCCCCGGCUGGCUGAUGAAAAGGUGGAGAAGAUGCUGCAGGAGGGCGUGGCUAAACACAGCAGCGCACCUGCUUCUGUACGGCUCGAGAAGAAGUGCGUUGUUCCUGCGGGGCCUGGCGUCGUGUCUAUUAUGGGUAAGAGUGGCUCCGUGUUUAACAGCGCACGCAGGCUGGAGGUGGUGCGGAGCUGCAUCUCCUUCAUCUUUGACAACAAGACCCUGGAGACUGAAAAGACGCUGCCGGCUGCACUGCGCGCACUGAAAGGCAAAGCAGCUCGCCAGUGUCUGACUGAAGAGCUCAGUCUUCAUGUGCAGCAGAACCGAGCCAUACUGGACCACCAACAGUUUGACUACAUCAUUCGUAUGAUUAACUGCGCCCUCCAGGACUGCUCCAGCUCAGAGGAAUUCACGAUGGCCGCUGCCCUGCUGCCCCUGUCAACAGCCUUUUACAGGAAAUUGGCUGCUGGUAUAAACCAGUUUGCUUACACCUGCAUCCAGGACCAUCCCAUCUGGACCAACCAGCAGUUCUGGGAAGCCACUUUCUACAGUGAGGUCCAGAGCCAGAUACGAGCCCUUUAUCUGAGCAUGGCAGAGGAAAAAGGUGGCAUCACUGCCAGGCUAAAGGAUGCGACCGCUGCGCCGGCAGCCGGCAGAGAUGACGAGCAGACGGCCAUGGACCUGGCGGCAGAGCAGCUGCGUUCGUGGCCCAGCUUGAGCAAGGAGAGGCAGCAGGAGCUGGUGAAGAACGAGGAGAGCACCGUGUUCAGCCAGGCCAUCCACUACGCCAGCCUCAUGGUUUACCUGCUGGUGCCUCUGGACACCAGCAAGAUCAGGCUGCUGCGCAACCCCCCCGCCGCCGACUGGGAGAGCGGCAGCAACAGCAUCGUCACUAACAGCAUCGCCGGCAGCGUGGCAGAGAGCUUCGACACCGAGAGUGGCUUCGAGGACUCGGAGAGCAGCGACGUGGCCAACUCUGUGGUCAGGUUCAUCGCGCGCUUCAUCGACAAGGUGUGCACCGAGAGCGGAGUCACCCAGGACCAUAUCAAGAGCCUGCACAGCAUGAUACCAGGUAUUGUAGCUAUGCAGAUGGAGGCUCUAGAGGCAGUUCACAGGGAGAGCAGGAGGUUACCUCCCAUUCAGAAGCCCAAGAUCCUGCGUCCAUCUCUGUUCCCUGGGGAGGAGAUGGUGUUGGAGGGGUUGCGUGUGCUUCUGGACCCUGACGGCAGGGAGGAGGCCACCGGGGGCCUCCUGGGGGGCCCACACAUUCUGCCAGCAGAGGGAGCUCUCUUUCUCACAACAUAUCGCAUCAUUUUCAAAGGAAUCCCCCAUGAUCCACUGGUGGGGGAGCAGUCAGUCAUCAGGGCUUUCCCAGUGUCCACCCUGACCAAAGAGAAGAAGAUCAGCAUCCAGAACCAGCUGCAGCAGCACAUGCAGGAAGGUCUGCAGCUCCGCUCGGCAACAUUUCAGUUAAUAAAAGUGGCUUUCGAUGAGGAGGUGAGCUCAGAGACGGUGGAGAUCUUCAGGAAGCACCUCCAGAGGAUCCGCUACCCACAGUCCGUCUUCAGCUCCUUCGCAUUCGCUGCAGGACAAACCGCACCUCAGCUGAUCCUGCCGAAGCAGAAGGAGAGGAACACUGGCUUCAGAACUUUGUCCAAAACUAUUGUCAACGGAGCAAAGAGGGCUGGAAAGAUCACCAUGGGCCGGGGCGGCCAGAGCACGCUGAAGAAGAAUGACAGAGGCAGCAGGAUGACCUGGCAUGAAGACGAUGACAUUUCAAUAUCGGACGAUGGCGAGCCGCCACCCAGCAGCACUUUGCGGGCAUCGGACAAGUCCACCAUGGAGCAGCUGGUGGAGCAGUCCUGCUUCCGUGACUACCAGCGCCUGGGCCUCGGCAACGUCACCGCCAGCUCGUCUCGCUCCAAAUCCGGCGAGCAGUUCAAGGUCACGGCGGUGAACAGGCUCUACUCCCUCUGCCGCAGUUACCCGGGGCUGCUGGUGGUUCCUCAGGGAGUACAGGACAGCAGUCUGCACAAGGUGGCGCGCUGCUACAGACACAACCGUCUGCCCGUCGUGUGCUGGAAACAUCCGCGCACCAAAGCCAUCCUGCUCCGCUCAGGAGGCUUCCACGGCAAGAGCGUGGUGGGGUUGUUCAAGUCCCAGAACCCCUCCUCUAACGCUCCUGCCUCGUCCUCAGAUUCCUCCAGUAGUCUUGAACAAGAGAAGUACCUGCAAGCCAUCCUCAACUCCAUCCCCAUCUACUUCAAAGUGAACGGGAACAACACGCUGUCCAACCGCUCCCUCAUCGGCCUCUCACCAGGCAGUGAAAGGAGGACGUCCAGGAUACCAAAGAUGGCUCCUGUCCAUUUAGACAUCCCAUUCUCCAACAGCUUCACCAGAGGAGUGCUUGAGUACAGAGAUAAACUAUUCACUCACUCGAACCCAAAACCUGCCAGUAAGGAGAGAAUCCCCCAUCCAGGCAUGUGGGCCAGCCUGCGCUCCAGCAGCAGAAUCAUCCAGCAUGCAACAGUAGCGGACGUGGGCAGCCGACUAGCAGGGAAGGAUCUGGCGCCCCCCGCAGGGAGCAGCAGCCUGCAGGCUCAGCUCCUCAAGCAGCAAGCGGCCCUCUACAUCUUCGGAGAGAAGUCCCAUCUGAGGGGCCUCAGAGUGGACUCCGCUCUGAACUGUGAGCUGGUGCCGGUGGAGUUCGCGGACACGCGGCAGGUGAAAGCCGCGUUUAAAAAGCUGCUGCGGGCCUGCGCUCCCAGCGCCACCUCGUCCGACUCCGAGGACUCCUUCCUCAAAGCCCUGGAGGACUCUGAAUGGAUCCUGCAGAUUCACAAGAUCCUGCAGCUGGCACUGUUUGUGGUGGAGCUUCUGGACAGCGGCUCAUCCGUUCUGCUCAGCCUGGAGGACGGCUGGGACAUUACUACACAAGUGCUGUCUUUGGCGCAGCUGCUGAGCGAUCCCUUCUACCGCACGCUGGAGGGAUUUCAGGUGCUGCUGGAGAAGGAGUGGCUGUCGUUCGGCCACAAGUUCAGCCAGCGGAGCAACCUGAGUCCUAGCAGCCAGGGCAGCGGCUUCACGCCCAUCUUCCUGCAGUUCCUGGACUGCGUGCACCAGAUUUUGGAGCAACAUCCUCUGGAGUUUGAGUUUAAUCAGUAUUAUCUGAAGUUCUUGGCCUAUCAUCACAUCUCUAACCGCUUCAAGAACUUCCUGUUGGACUCAGACUAUGAGCGCUUGGAGCAUGGCUUGCUGUUUGACGACAAAGGUGACAAACAGGCCCGCAGAGGCAUCUGUAUCUGGGAGUGCAUCAACAGGAUGCACAGGAGGAGUCCCAUCUUCUUCAACUACAUGUACAGCCCCUCGGAGAGCGAGGUGAUCCUGAAGCCGUCGACCGGAAUCCCCAGCCUGAACAAAUGGGACUUCUUCACGGACGAGACACUGUCCACGGGGCCUUGUUACGACUGGCGGAUGAUGGCUGUGAGGUCGGAGAGCUCGGAGGAGGCAGACACCAUCUCCAACAGCAAGAGGAGGAUCGUUUGGCCGUGUUACAGCAGCGUGAGCCGCGCUCAGCCCAAUGCCAUCACCAAACUCCUCGCGGACAUUGAGAAGCUGGAGGCCGAGCUGAACCAGGCCCCUGAGAAAUGGCAGACGACUCUGGAGAGAGUCAGGAUCAGCAUUCAGGAAGACCUCACACAAGAAGGCAAUCUCUGCAAACAGUCGGUGUCCAUCUCGAGCCUCAUUCCCACGUCCAGCCUGCAGAUCUUCCAGCGGCGCUCCAUGCUGCACCUGCCGGACAGCCCGCUGGGCGAGGACCGCUCCACCACCGCGGCCAACGGCAUCAACCGCCGCGCCGCAACGCUUUACAACCAGUUCACCCCCAAGAGCGAGGAGAACAGGUCAUACGAGGGGAUCCUGUAUAAACGCGGGGCGCUGCUGAAGGGCUGGAAACCUCGCUGGUUCGUGUUGGACAUCACAAAACACCAGAUGAGGUACUAUGACACCGGGGAGGACACCAACUGCAGGGGCCACAUCGACCUGGCAGAGGUGGAGUCCGUGUUGAUCUCCACGCCCACUAUAGGAGCACCGAAACACAUCAGUGAAAAGGCGUUCUUUGACCUGAAGACCAGCAAGCGAGUCUACAACUUCUGCGCCUCAGACGCGCCCAGCGCUCAGCUGUGGAUGGACAAGAUCCAGAACUGCAUCUCUGACGCCUGAACACCGAGGUCCCGAGCACCAGAGGCGGCGGGAGGGGGCGGAGAGCAGAGACCUGACGACCGCUCAACUCAGCUUUCACAUGUCUUUACAUUUGGAGACCACAGUGAACAAAGUGCCUGGUAGCGGAGGAUAAUCCAUCCAACCUCUCCGCCCGUUUCCCAGCUGCCAAUCAGGCCGGUUCGCCUCUCUGCCUCGGUCAGAGUCAACACGUUCGUGCCGUCAGCUUCCUCCUCUGUGCCUCCGACAGGGAGGAGGUGAAGAUGAGCUGACGUUUUAGGGGACUGCACUACCAAGGAGAUGUUAUCCUACUUAAGCUGUUAACCUUAUCAAAGCAAUAUCACUGGCCAUUCAAACUGUGGGUUCAAUAUUAGACUUUUAAAAUAUAAAGAAAAUAACCUUUUAGAGAAUUUCUAUCAGAUAUUUUACUACGAGGACGGGUUAUUGCUGCUUGAAAGUGAACCGCCAAAAACUCCGAUUUUAAUGCACAACAUCGAGGGGCAAUUUGUUUGCACUUAGCUCUAAAGUAUGCACUCCUUAUCAAAUAUAGAUUUUCUAACAGACGCGGACGAGGCUAAAGACAUUACUUUACAAUGAACAUAUGACGUUUCCUCAUGACAUGACAAGAGGAAACGGAUUUGCACAGCGAGUUCAAAAAGAGUUACCUGACAUUUUUCUAUUUAAAUAAGUGACGUUUUUCUCUAUUUUGUCGAAAGUGUAAUGACUCCCGGAUAACACAUUUUGUCUUAUGUAAUGUAAAUUAUUAUUUUUUAUUAAAAGUGUAACUGUAAGUGUGGUGGCUACAUGUUUAUUUCUGUACAUACAUGUGUGACAUUUCAUUUUAUAUACUGUAUGUACGGAACAUAAGUAUACUUUUCUAACCGUGAUUCUAAUGUGAUCAACCAGUCUCUUUGGUUUUCUUUUUUUUAAAUGUGUCGUUACUGGUGCAAAAAAACCUGAGUGGCCUGUUCCCUGUUUGUGAUGAAACGUUGUUCUGAAAAUGGAGUUUGUGUUGUUCAGUGUGUCCAGACAGGCUCUGUGUCUUAAGGGCUUUUAAAGAAGUAAAUCAGUAUAUCUAGUAGGACAUUGUGGUUUUCAGAGAUCCUCCUCUCAUCUGUUCUCUGUUUGUGUGACCUUAUACAGUUUCAUUAAAAAAGAAGAAGAAAAAAACACUCUAAUGAAACUAUUCAAAGACGUCAGAAGCUUUUUUCAUUACUGUAUCUUCGUACCAUGUUUUGUGGUGACACUAAUUUUUUUGGAAAUAAAUCGAACAUACUUGAAGCGA